AAAGAUUAAGCGUUCACGCGCGACAUCGAUAUAGCCUGGGUUUGAAUCUCGCGAGGCGAGAUCAUGGAUGUGCAUUGCUGAGCAGUACCACAAUAAGACGAACACACCCAUCCAGUGCUUCCAGACUUUCCAUAUUGGUCUAGUUUCAAUUAACUCAUGAUCUCGACUAUUGAAUCAUUCCAUAUAUUUUUAUUAUUGAGACAGAAAAACAAACACCAAUCACAAAUUGUGUAUACUAAACCAUUUCCAUCUAAUUAGAACAAAAACAUCAUUUCAUUUCAAUAAAGGAAGAUCGAAACAUUUUAAUUGAAAUAUCAGGUAGCAUUUGUAUUUCUUUUAUUCAAUGAUAUCUCUGUUACAAAUGAGGAAGAAAACAUCCGAUUGUUUUGCUUAUAUGCGUAAAGGUAGUGAAAUGAUUAAACUACAUACUAGUGGACGUCAAUAUAAACGUAUGUUUUAUUUAAAUGAACAAAUGAAUUGUAUUAAAUGGUCUUCAACAAAUAAACGUCAAUCAAAUUCACAAAUUGAUAUUGAAGAAAUUCAUGAAGUACAACUAGGCUGUUCCUCAAGAACUACACAUUCCCUCGGUCGACGACGUCCACUUAGUAUGACUCCAACAUUAUCACAUGGGUUCUUAUCUUCAAGUGGAUCAGGUAGCCUGAUUCAAUCAGCAUCAAAAAUGUAUUCAUCAAAUAAUUCAAAUUCUCUAACUAUUGGUUCAAUGUCACCACAAAUUCAAAGUUCAACAUCGUUAAAUUCAACAAUACUUAAUCUUAGUUCUAGUGCAUUUACAAUAUGCUAUGGACCGGAUUUUACUGUAUUAGAAAUUUUAGCUUCUGGUCCAGAAGAAGCAAAUAUUUGGGUGACUGGAUUAAAGUGUCUAAUGGCUGGUGCUCAAGAUCCACAAGUGUUAGAAGAUAGACAGAAACCACGUGACAGAUGGUUACAAAUUUUAUUUCAUGAAGCUGAUUCAACUAAUCAAGGAUACUUAAGUGAAUUUGAAGUGAUUCGUUUAAUUCGAUCAAUUAAUCCAAGUUUAUCAUCGAUACAUUUAAGGCAUAAAUUAAAAGAGAUGGAGAGUAAAGUUCGAUGUCAUAAAACUGGAAUAACUAAAGAUGAUUUUGUAAAUUUUUUUAAGAAAGUUGCUACCAGACAAGAGAUUUAUUACAUUCUUGUAAGGUAUUCCAGUGGAUCAGAACAUUUGAGUGCAGAAGAUUUAAAGAAUUUUUUUGAAAGCGAACAAGGUAGGACUGGAUUAACGCGUGAUCAAUGUAAAGCUUUAAUUAAUCGUUUUGAACCAUCCCAUGAAAAUCGACAAUACAAUUUAAUGGGAAUCGAUGGAUUUACAUUAUUAUUAUUAUCCGAAGAAUGUGAUAUAUUCAAUCCAGUACAUCUACAAGUUUGUCAAGAUAUGUCUCAACCAAUAACUCAUUAUUACAUUGCAUCAUCACAUAAAACAUUUUUACUUGAAGAUCAACUAACAGGUCCUUGCAGUAUUGAAGGUUAUCAAAGAGCACUUCUUUCAGGAUGUCGGUAUAUUGAACUUGAAGUCUAUGAUGGUCAUGAUGGUCAUCCAGUUGUUAGACGUGCCAACUCUCGACCACCUGGUAUACCAAUACAAGCUGUAUUAAAUACAAUACAUGAUUUUGCAUUCAUACGUUCUGAAUAUCCAGUUAUUGUAUCAAUUGAAUGCUAUGCAACUCAAGCACAACAACGUGUACUGGUCACAUUCUUACGUUGUUGUCUUGGUAAUCGUUUAUUAUUGCCAAAUUCAGAAUUCACUUUUAAUUUAAGUGAAUCACAAUUGGAAAUUGAAGAGCAAGUUGAAAAGACAAAACUACAUUCUAUGAUGAAUAAUAUUAAUAUUAAUAAUAAAGGCAAUCGUAAAAAUAGUCUAACAGUUGUUGAUUUAAAAAAUGAAUCAACAGUAUACACAUCAAAUGGUUCUUUUGUAAGAUGGCCAUCACCACGUGAUCUUAUGGGACGUAUUUUAUUGCAAGGUAAACGAUUACCAAAAGGUACCACAAUGAAUACAUCAGGUAAUGAGUCCGAAAAAUGGAUGAAUGGUGGUCUGCCUAAUUUAAGACGUGUAUUUAAUUCAUUAUAUACUUCUCAUCAGGAAACACCUGUUAUUAAAGAAUUAUCUGAUAUGUUUUUCUUCGAUACAACUAAUUAUGAACAGAUUACAAAUAAUGAUUCAAUAAGAUCUAAUAUAUCACUUAAUAUGAAUCGUACAAUGUCAUCAUUUUCAACGCUAUCAACAUCUCAUGGAUUAAAAAGAGAUGUCAAACAUGAUCAUUCACCUAAUACUACACAUAAUAAUUCAUCCACAUCACCAGUUGUUAUUGUUGGUAGUACAUAUACAGAAACUAAUCAUCAUCAUCAUCAACAACCUAAAAUGAUUCUAAAAAAUUUUCAAUAUCAAUCUAAAGCUAAAUUAGAUUUAUAUGAUCAUUCUAAUUUAAAAGAUAAACGUAAUAUAAAUAUGAAAAGUAUUACAAGUCAUUAUAAUAAAAUUAAUAUGAACAAUACUACUACUAAUGAUAAUAAUACUACUAAUAAACAAUAUAAUCAAGAUAAUAUACAUUUACAUCCAUAUUAUAUAAUAAUUAUGUCUGAAUCAGAAGCAUCUCGUGCAAUUGGUAGUAAUGCUGGGGAUUUAGUACAAUUAACUAGAAAUUCAUUAAUACAAAUUUGUCCAAGUUUAUCUAGAGCUGAUAGUAGUAAUUUAAAUCCAUUAGAUAUAUGGGCAUGGGGUGGACAAAUUGUAACAUUAAAUUAUCAAACAGCUGGUUUAAUUAUGGAUUUAGCUACUGGAUUUUUUGCACGUAAUGGUGCUUGUGGUUAUGUAUUAAAACCAAAUUUAUAUCGUCAAUUUUCAUCAUUUUUUACACCAUAUAAAUCAAAUUUAUUAAAUAUUACUGAAAGACCACCAGAUACUACACCACAGGUACUUCGACUGAAAAUUGUCAAAAUUCAUGGUAUUCCAGUGGACUGCGCUGAACAACGUACUGUCACCGCACCAGCUGGUAGUGCAUCCGGUUAUAAUGCAAUAUUUGAGGAUACCUUUGAAUUUUGUGUACAGUUGGGUAGUCUGGCAUUAGUACGCUUUGUCGUACUAGAUGAUCAUGCAAUUGGUGAUGAUUUUAUAGGACAAAAUACAGUACCAUUUGAUUGUUUACUUACAGGUUUUCGACAUGUCCGUUUACGAAGUGAUACUGGUGAGCCAAUUCCACUUGCUACUUUAUUUGUACACAUUACCAUUACAACUGGAACAGAUAAUUCACAUGGGGAAACAAAUACUGGUCUACUUCAUAGAUGGCGUUCACGUAAUCGUCGACAAUUACAGUUGAAAAAAGUUGGUGUUUCCACAUUUGAUGAAAUAUUCAAGGCUACGGCAACAACAUUACGUCAAGUGUGUGAACUCCGAACAUCUGUACUCACUAGUUUCGAUAAUUUUAGACGACUGUGUGGUGAAACAUCAACACCGUUAUCCAUGAAUCAAUGUAUUCGAGCGUUGUCUACACGUAUUGCAACAGCGUUCGGAUCACCAGAUCUGUGGCCUGUACGUAUGCGUAUUAGACCAGAAGAUGAAAUGCCUCAUUUAGAGCUACAAAAUUCAUUCUCUGGAUCCGGGCUAAGUGGUUAUCCAAGUUUAAGUACACUCGGUGAUCCAGUAUCUCAUCAUGGUACACUUGGAUCAUCAUUAACCCGUAAUUCUUCAUUACGUUUUUCUCCUGCGCCUGGAUUACAUCGUUCACCUUCAUUAAUUCUUUCCCCUCGACUAUUUUUAAAUAGACGCUUAAAAAGUAGCACAAAAUCAAUUGAUGAAGAUUCAGCAUCAGCUUUAUCAAUUGAUGUUAUGGGUUGUCAUGGCAAUGGUAAUAGUAGUACUCAUAGUGUACAGGAACAUUCACCAACUACUUCGACAAAUAAUAUAGCAAGACGACCAAGUAUUCAUUCAAGUAGCAGUAGUAUUUCUUCUUUUUCCGUUGGACGUUUGGAUAAAUUGAAAAAAGCUGUCAAUGAGUUCGAAAAUCUUAUUGAAUCAUGUAAAACACUGAUUAAACAAGGACCAUAUCUUCGAGUAAAAUUACAACAAACUCAAAGAACUGCCUUAGACGCAUAUACUACUUUUUUAGAAGGUUUAAAAGCGCCAUCAUCUCAUGCUACCGCCAUUUCAAAAUUAACAUCAUCAGCGGCAGCAGCAACCACAUCAUUAAGGAGUUCAAUAUCUCAUAGUCAUGAAACACGUUUUGGUAGUUUGACAUCAGAAAGUAGCCGACAUGUAACUUCACAAAUUAUAGAAGAUAAUACAGAUAAUCGAAAUAAUAAAACAACUACUAGUGGUACCUCAAUCUAUUGGCGACGUAUGUCACGUGUAGCUGAUAAUGUAACUUGGAAUUUACGUUUAUUAACAGGACAAACUGAACUAAUGACAUUAUUAUUAAAUGAAUCAAAUGAAUGGAUAAAACAAGCAAAAGAAUCUAGUCAAUCUACUGGUCUUUUAAUCAAAUCCAAUAUAACUAAUCUAACUGAUUCACAUUCUUCACCAAUUUAUUCCGAUAAAGAUCAAUUAACCAAUGAAUUAAGUAUAGAAAUUCCUUUAACGAAUAAAUCAAUAAUUCAAGAUAAUCUAAUACAAAAUCAUCAAACUUCAUUAGAUCAAUCAUUAAGAAUAGUGAAUGAUGAUGAAAUGCCAAAUCUUAUGAAUAAUAAUACAACAACAUUAAAUAGUUCAUUAUCACCAUUAUUAGAAAGUUCCCGUACAAAUCAAUCUGAUUUUACUUCAAAUGAAACAACUUUAAUCAAAUCAAAUCUUGUGAAAAAUCUUUAUUCAUAUAAAGUCUCCACAGAUAUUAAACAAAAAUCUAGAUUAUCAUCCAAUGAAAGCACAACAACAACAACAACAAUUAUGUCACCUAGUAUCAUUACAACAAUAACAACUACUGCUUCUUCUACUACUACUACUAACACUCAUACUACUCAUUUUACGAAUAUUAUUAAUAGUAGUAUAAAUAGUGUAACUACUACAACAACAACAAUGACAAAAACACUACCAACUUAUAGUAAUUCAUCAUCAGGAAAUUUAUCAAAAAUUAAAAAUCGUUUCAAUCAAGCAUGGAAGAAAUAAACUUCCGGUUUAUGUGAUUAUCCAAAACAUUU